UUUGCCGGCCACGGCGCCAACCCCUGGGCCAAGGUCGCCGGCUCCAAGUUCACCCGGGACUUCAUCCUCAUCUCCGAGUUCUCGGAGCAAGUGGGGCCUCAGCCCCUCCUGACCAUCCCCGAUGACGCCAAGGUGUCGGGCACUUUCGAUCUCAAUUAUUUUGCCCUGCGGAUCAUGUCUGUGGAUUACCAGGCUUCCUUCGUGGGGCACCCCCCCGGCUCCGCCUACCCGAAACUGAACUUUGUGGAGGACUCCAAAGUGGUGCUGGGGGACUCGAAGGAAGGGGCCUUCGCCUACGUCCACCACUUGACUCUGUACGACCUGGAAGCCAGGGGCUUCGUGAGGCCCUUCUGCAUGGCCUACAUCUCUGCCGACGAGCACAAAAUCAUGCAGCAGUUCCAGGAGCUCUCUGCUGAGUUCUCCAAAGCCUCCGAAUGCCUGAAGACGGGGAACAGGAAAGCUUUUGCCAACGAACUGGAAAAGAAGCUGAAAGAUCUGGACUACACCAGGACCGUCCUGCACAACGAGACCGAGAUACAGAAGAAAGCCAACGACAAAGGGUAUUACACGACCCAGGCCAUUGAGAAGGCCAACGAGCUGGCCAGCGUGGAGAAAUCCAUCAUUGAGCACCAAGAUUUGCUGAAACAGAUCAGGUCGUAUCCCUACAGGAAGGCAAAGGAGCCUGAUUUUCACCCCUAUGAGCCAGAGUGUGUGCCAGAUGGGGCCAGUGGGGGCUGCGACCCGGAGCUGGCUCCCUCCAACCCUGGUGAAACACCCCUUUACACCCACGCGCCGUCCUACACCCCCAAGCUCAUCAAAGCCAAGUCUGCCAAGUGCUUUGACAAGAAGCUGAAGACGCUGGAGGAGCUCUGUGAUAUUUAUUUUUUCACCCAAACCCUGGACCAGCUGCAGCAGAUCGAGAGGACUUUCAGGGGGGACGUGUGCUACCUCCUGACGGAGCAGAUCAGCAGGGCGCUCUUAAAGCAGCAAAGUGUCACAAACUUCCUCUUUGAGGACGUGUCUUGUCUGGAUGAAAAACCACCUGAAAAACAGCAGUACAGAGGCUGCCAGGAGCUCAGCCGAGAUGCUGUGGAUAGAAAGUGCUUGGAAGAGUCCCCGGCUCCUCAAGUGGUCAUCAGCUUGGGGUCCUACAAGUCCAGCGUGGAGAGCGUGCCCAUCAAGAUGGAGCAGGAAAUCGAGGACUCCCAGGAGCCUGGGAUGACCGAGUCCAUCACCUCUGAGCAGCAGGAGAACCUGGAUUAUCUCGAUGCAGACAUCAAGGGCAGCAUCAGCAGCGGGGAGAGCAUCGAGGUCCUCGGGACGGAGAAAUCCACCUCUGGCUUGACGAAAUCAGAGAGCCAGGCCAGCCUGCCCGUCAGCCCCAGCCCCCAGGCGGGCAGGAGCAAGGCGGGCAGCCGGCGGACCGUCAGCGAGGACAGCAUCGAGGUGCUCAGCACGUGCCCCUCCGAGGCCCUCAUCCCCGAGGACUUCAAGGCGAGCUACCCAAGUGCCAUUAACGAGGAGCCUUACGGCGACGAUGAGGAGGGCGGCCUUCGCUUCGCCCCCAGGCCGGACCCCCCCGACGCCCACCAGCAGGAGGAGGUUUCCCAGCAGGAAGACUUUGGGAGGGUGGAUUCUGCCUGUUGCAUCGGGAAGGAGAGUCCCAGCUUCCUGGAGCCUCCUCUGCCCGAGCUGGGCCAGAAGCCCUGCGACGAGGACGGCGUGGUGAGGAUCCCCCCGCAGCCCUCCCGGCAGGCCGAGCAGGGGGGCAGCGCCGCCUCCACCUGCUCGGAGCGGACGCCGUCCCCGGCUCGGCGCUGCCAGGGGGGUGACAGGCAGAGGAAGAGGGCUGGGCAGAACGCCCUGAGGUUCAUCCGGCAGUACCCCUUUGCCCACCCUGCCAUCUACUCCCUGCUCAGCGGCAGGACCCUGGUGGUGCUGGGUGAGGAGGAAGCCGUGGUCAAGAAGCUGGUGACGGCGCUUUCCAUCUUCGUGCCCAACUGCGGCCCCUCCGCCAAGCCCGUGAAGCACUGGGUCACCUCCCCCCUGCACGUCGUCGACUUCCAGAGGUGGAAGCUGAUCGGGCUCCAGAGGACGGUGUCUCCAGGGGGGGCGAGCGUCCUGCACGGCCUGAGCCGGUACAGCCGGUACCUCAGCAUCCUGGACGCCGACAGCAAGACGCUGCGCUGCCCCCUCUACAGGGGCACGGUGGUGUCGCGCCUGGCCGACCACCGCACCCAGAUCAAACGGGGCAGCACCUACUACAUGCACGUCCAAAGCCUCCUCACGCAGCUCUGUUCAAAAGCCUUCCUCUUCACCUUCUGCCAUCACUUGCACCUUCCCAUCAGUGAAAGGGAACCGGAGGAAUCCGUCGUCAGCCGCAGGAUGAACUUUCUGAAGCUUCAGCUGGGCCUGGCCAACGAGGACGUCAGGAUCGUGCAGUACUUGGCAGAGCUGCUGAAGCUGCAGUACGUUCAGGAGCCCGGCCAGGGGGUGAGCCCCCUGCUCAGGUUUGACUACGUCCCCAGCUUCUUGUACAAGAUCUAG